AUGUCGAGACAUUUGUGGAUUCUCGUAUUUUUGGCAGUUGCUAUUUGUUCGAGUGAUCGAAAAUGGAGAUUGGAAAAUAAUCGAGUUGUCGAAGAAGAACAAGUGAGUUUUUGUUGGAUUAAUGGGUCUUGGAUAAUGUCCAAAAUUUUUCGGUUCGAUCCAAAAACUCCAAACAUAGAAUUGUUCCCACCUACUGAUACAUUUUUUGCUCCACAUAAUUACAGUAACCCACUUAACUUUUGAGAAUGAGAAAUUGAAACUAUAGUACCCAAAUAUACAUUGAGAAUAGGAUUGAAACUGAAAACUGUUCUAGAAAAAUGGUAAAAGGGGAUAAUCAGAUGGCUCUUACUAAAUGAGUUUCCCUACAGUAAUAUAUUUAUAGACAUUGUUUUAAUCCAGUUGUCUUGUUAUCUCUAGAGUAAAUUUUCUUAUCGCAUUAUUUUUCAGACCAUUAUCACUAUAAAAUAUUGCAGGAACCAGAAAGAUGGCAAGAUUUACAAACAAAUCCUUAUGAUAACAUUCUUCAUUUUGAUGGCGAAAAACAUUUGGCAAAUGUCAAACAACUUACUUUUGGUGGUGAAAAUGCUGAAGGAUAUUUCAGUUUUGAUAAUUCGAAAUUGACUCUUCAAGCAACUGGAUAUGGAACUGAUUGUGAUCAAAUUUAUGAAUUAGAUUUGAAUAUUGAUCCAAGACAACAAGUAAUGAAAAGAAUAAGUACUGGAUUGGGAGGAACAACUUGUUCAUUCUUUUUCAAAGAAAAUGAUAAUAAUCAUAGAUUAUAUGCUGGAAAUUGGUGGAAUAUUAAAAUCGAUAACCAAACAGAUGUAUCGAAAACAUGUCCACAGAAAAAAUGUUCGAAUCCAACAACACCAGAAUUGAAACAACUUUGUAAUACAAGUUAUACUUGGGAUAUUUUCCCAGAUUAUGAUAUUUUCAAAGUUGAUAAAUACGGUAACUUUGUUCAAAGAUUGACAAAUAGUGAAGGAUAUGAUGCUGAAGGAGUUGUUUCACCAGAUGGAACUAAAAUUGCAUUUACAUCAAUUCGAUCAGGAGAUUUGGAAUUAUAUAUUAUGAAUAGUGAUGGAACAAAUGUGACACAAAUUACAAAUGAACUUGGAUAUGAUGGUGGAUCAUUUUUCUCGCCUGAUGGAAAACGACUCAUUUUCCGAGCAAGUCGACCAAAAACACCAGAAGAUAUUGCAAAAUACAAGAAACUUUUGAAAUAUAAUUUGGUCGAACCAAUUGCAAUGGAAUUAUUUGUUGUUAAUAUUGAUGGAACAAAUAUGAGACAAAUUACUCAUUUAGGACAAGCAAAUUGGGCACCUUAUUAUUUGAGUGAUAACAAAAGAAUUAUUUUUAGGUUUGAAUAGUUUGAAAAAGUUCUGAUUUUGAUUUUAAAAUAUUUAGUUCAAACUACAAUGAUUCGGCAAAUGGAUUUGGAGCAUUCAGUCUUUAUAUGAUAAAUGAUGAUGGAACUGGAUUAGAACAAAUUACUUUCGGAGAAGGACAAUUCAAUUCGUUUGCAAUGCAAAGUUGGGAUGGAAAGAAAUUAGUUUGGGGUUCGAGCAGAAAUGGAACAAUGUAUGAAUUGAAUUUAUUCAUCGCUGAUUGGGUUGAUCAAACUGACACACCUUCAACUACAACACAAAAAAUUGAUAGUAAGUUUGAAGAUUUUUGACAAUUUGAUGAAAUUUAUUAACACUUGCACUUCAGCCACAACAUCAUCAACUAACACUUUCACAUUUACACUUGCACUAAUCACUUCACUAAUAGUUUAUCUUUCAAAUUAGUUAUUUUCAUAUUUUUAGAUUCUCGACGACGAUCCCGAUGAUUUUCAAUUUCACAGUUUUUUAUUAGUCAUGAAUAAAUAUUUCUAAGUUUGAACUUCUUUGUUUUCAGAAAAUGUCAAAUUUUUUUACUAAAAUCAAUCGAUUUGUCAAUUAUUCGAAAUUUUAUAAAAUCCACGUGGCAUCUAGAUAAAAUUGAGGUGAAAAUCUGCAGUAAUUUUGAUUAUAUGGUUGAAAAUUAUUUCUUUUUAAUUUUCGCGCAGAAAAAUCUUACUGUAUUUCGAAAAACUUUGAAAUCUUCACAAGCAGGGUUACUCUAAAACUUUGUUGAUAAGAGUUCAUUCAGCAACUGAGCUCUCAUGAGAUUUUCAGUCAAUUUUUCAGAACUCAGCAAAUCGUCGCGUACAUGAACGGUUUUAUCGGCGAAAAAUAGCUACACCGCAGCUACACACCAGCUACACAAAUCAGAGAAGCAACGCGGUUGGCGUCGCGGCUACUUUUCUCAUUUUUGUUUUUGUUUUUCCAGGCCUAAAUUCUUGUGAAAAUCGGGCCAGCAAUGAACAUAAACAUAAUUUUCAACAUUUUUCUUCGUGUUUCAUGAAAAUUAUGUUGAAAUUUCUUUUGAACAUCUAUGAAUUCCCCUAUUUCUCAAGUAUGGAAAUUUUUCUUUCAUUCAGAAUUGUUUUAACUAUCUUUAAUUUCAGGUUUCCGGGAGCGUGAUCGUUGCAAAAUGGCUGCAAAAUGGUGAGGGAAUUUUCUUUAAAAAAACGACAUAUUUCCUACAAAAACAGUUUUCAGAAAACUUCAACAAGUUCAACAACGACAACGACUACCCUCCACAAAAUCCAGGUCAACAUCAAUCAGUAUUCAUCCACGUUAAUCAAAAGGUGAGUCAAUAACCGAAAAAGAAACGGGUUAACAAAAUAUGUCUUGGGAAAUCUGAUCAAGUUUAGCUAUUUUUGAAGAUAAAUAUAAAGUUCUUUCUACUCUGAAAAACAUGAAAAUUCAUCUCAAUUUUACAGAAUAUGCUCUCCGAUGCUCAGUCUCGCCAGCACUCAAUGGAAAUCUCGACACAAACAACAUGA